ACCGUCGAAUACGAUUGGCGUGCGUACCGGAGGUCUGGGUUUUACAGUACAGACCAGACUUAACCAGAGAGCCCUAGAAAGUUUCUCAGCAAAGGGACACCGCAAAGAGAAGCGACACUGCGCGACUUGAGACGCAACACACCCCAGAUUGAUUUAGGGUCACCUACGCUGUUAACCUUGAGUGACCUUACGCUUGCCGCAAGUAAACAUACGGCGCUUUGACUGCUGAGCGCAUAUAAACGUCAGAUUUGCUCCCGGCGAACGAGGCUGAGACGCACCGACCAUUUCCACGGUGGCUGCGUCAAAAGAGCUCCACUCUGAAGGGGGAUCGCGUGACAUUUUCUGGCGUGCGUAUCAUCGUGACAUUCGCGUUGACAGAUCCGUAGACCUCGCGUGGACGUACAGACGCAUCUACCGUGCCGCAGGGGUUCACCAGAAACCGUCUCUCACAUGAUGUACACAAUAACAAGAGGUCCCAGCAAACUUGUUACACAACGCAGAACAGGGCCCACGCAACAGAUUGAAAGUAAAGCAAACGACCUGAAGCAAAGCCACUGGUUCGCAUCGGAUUCCCCUGCGCCCAAGAUUGUAUUUCAUCGGCUGAACGGAAAGCACUACCACAGACCGACCUCUCCAAAAGCUGACAGCACGACUGAAGGCUUUACCCCGGCACACGAGGAGAACGUCCGGUUUGUUUAUGAGGCCUGGCAGGAGGUUGAACAGAAGCUUGGAGAGGGAUCCCAGCCAGAGACCAGGAAAGGCCUGGUGCAGUAUGCAGAGAGAAGCCCCAAUCCCAGCAUGAAAAAUUUUGUGCCUAUUGAUCUUGAGGAGUGGUGGGCGCAGCGUUUCCUCGCCAACCUGUCAUGACGGGUGCAUGAUGAGGCAUGAGGAGAUGCGUCUGAUUGGUCCUGACUGAAGCAGGGUGAGGGAGGGCAGAUGCUGUCUGACUCUUCACGAGCUGAUGUGUUUGUCUGGCGUUUUAGGGCUCGUACGAUGCACUCUUUGAGUUCUGCCGCUCCAUUUGAACUCUGUUUGCAAGGCUGGACCUCAACUCGCUCACUCCCUCAUGCACACAGAAGAUGAUCAGAGAUUUUACGUCUGCUUUUCUGUCUUUGUUAGUAUGUGGUAUGAGAUGGAGGGAUGAGAUGUCUGUUUUUCUUCACAGAUCUUUGCAAAAAAAGUGAUGUUAUAAAACCAACAAAAAAAAAUACAAAAUCUUUUUGAAAGUG